ACUUCAUCGACAUUCAAGUACUCCUGAACUCUUUAAGCCAUUCGGUUGAAGCUUUCGCAGUUAAUGCUGAUAAUAAAUAAUCAAGAUGGCAGUGAAAGCAUUGUAAACGCUAAUGUGUGUUCUAAAUGUCUUAAAGAAAAUUUUAUAUCCGGAAUAUUUUACUGAUUAAAGUAACACGAAUGAUUAUUAAUAAUACUUGAUCUUUCCCGAAUUUGAUUAAUACAAAAGCAGAAUGACUGAAGAGACACAGCAACCUGAAACACCCGUGCAAAAUGAAGCACAGGCUAGUUCUCCGGAUGUUGGUAAACUCAGAGAUAACAAAAAAGAGAAAUGCCGGCCUAUGACUAAGGUAGUGAUUCGUCGACUUCCACCAACAAUGACUCAAGACCAGUUCAUUGAGCAAAUUUCUCCUUUGCCUGAACAUGACUAUUUGUACUUUGUUAAAGCUGAUAUGUCACUUGGUCAAUUUGCAUUUUCCCGUGCUUAUAUUAACUUUAUGGAUCAACAAGAUAUAUUCAUGUUCAGAGAAAAAUUUGAUAAUUAUGUAUUUGUUGACUCUAAAGGCACUGAAUAUUCAGCUGUAGUAGAAUUUGCACCUUUUCAAAGAUUACCAAAGAAAAGAAUUGGAAAGAAAAAAGAUUUAAAAUGUGGUACUGUGGAGUCAGAUACAUAUUAUAUAAGUUUCUUAGAAAGUCUUAAAAAUCAAGAGACUGAUUCAACUAUCGCCCAACCAAAAACAGAAUAUUCUUAUCAGCCAGCAGACAAUACAUUAAAAAAAGUUACAACAACACCUCUUCUGGAAUAUUUAAAACAACGUAAACAAGAAAAGCAACGUCUCAGAGAUGAAAAACGUGAAGAGAGAAGAAGGCGUGACUUGGAAAGACGGAGAACUAAAGAAGAUCCAAUUAUAUCUAAGGUGCUUAAGAAUCCCGAUUUGGAUAAAGAAACAAACAAGGACAAUAAAGAAAAUAAAGAUGAAAGAGAUAAAGCAUCACCAAAGGAUUUAAAGAAUCGCAACAAAAGGGACGAAAAGUUGCGUGAAAAAGUACCUCGAGAUAGAGAUUUGAAACCUUUAACAAAAGGAUAUAGAGAAAGAAUGGAUGAUAGAAAUAAGGACAGAGAUAUAAAGCAUCAAAGACGACAUGAAGAUAAAAAACUUUAUGGAAGACGAGAUGAUAGAGACUUCCUUAAAGAAGACAGAAAAAAUGAUGUCAGAGAUGAUAGAAAAUAUGACAUUAAAGAAGAUCUCAAAGAAUGUAAAGAACGAAGGAUUGAAGAGAAAAGAGGUAAAAGCUAUGAAAAAAUGAGACUUGAAAAAAAAAGGUUGGCAGAAACUAAAAGGCAUAAUGUGGAUCUUAAUAUUGAUAAUAUCAAUGUUACUUGUAUAAUGAAAGAAAAUCAGGAUGUUUCUCAAGAAUUUACAGAAGAAGGAUUAAUUUCUUCUCUCUCUAAAGGAAUAGUGGAAAAAAUAAUGGAAAGAAAUAAUGGAAAAAACAGUGGAAACAUUAAAUUAAUUGAAAGUGAACAGAAUAUUGAAUCUGUAUUAGAUCAAAAUAAGAAUACAGAAACUAGUAUUCGGAAUGAAAAAGAUGCAACAGAAAAAUCAAGAUCUAAUGAACACAUUAAUAGAGAAACUGGUAUUGAAACUGAGUCUGAUGAAAAAAAAGAAUCAAAACUUGUAAAAAGACGUAGUUCUCUAGAAAGUGGUGGUGAAGGAGGUACAGGGGACAAUAAUUGCCUGAGACGUCAUAAGUCUUUAGAUGGUGAUGGACAAAGUAAUUUACAAAAAUCUGAAAAUGAAGAUAAAGAAAAAGAUAAAAAAGAUCCACGAUUAGAACGUAGAAUUCGAAACAAGGAUCGACCUGCCAUGGAAAUCUAUAGACCAGGAAUGGGAAAAUUUAGUAAGCAGCGAUUAGAAAGGGAAAAAUCAACUAAUGACGAUCGGGCUUCCCUUUCACAAAGUCCAACUCCAAAUACAACUUCCGCUGUUUCUAAAUCUGCUAAAUCUGGAGCAGAAGUUCGUUCUAUGACAUUUAAGCGUAGUGUUAGUCGUGAUAUUUCAUAACAUGUACUGAGCCACAUUUAUUAAUAUGUACGAUCUAUAUUGUAAACAAAUAGCAUAUAUUUUACAAAUAGCCAGAUCAGGAUAAUAUCAUGUUUCAAUUCCAUAUAUUGCUCCUCCACAUUUCAUACUUGUAUAUUCAAUUCCAUGAUAUCAAAUGCAAAAAUAAUUUAUUUUUUACAUGAUUUAAUAUUAUUAUUUCUCAGGAAUUUUAAGUCAUUUAAUAAUACGGAUUUAAUUUAAGUCAUGAUAAUAGAGAGUUAAUUCAUCUCAUACGCAAAUAUAAUUUCGUUUCAUUGAUAAGUUCUAUCGUUUACUUCUUCAUUUUUUUUACGAAUAUUACAAAAAGAUACUUGGCAUAUUUACCUUUACAUAAAUAAACGUUCAAUAAAAAAGGAAUAAACUAAAGUUAUAUCAUCUAAAAUAAAUUUUUACACUAAUUUUUCUUAAGAAAUUCAACAAAUAUAUAACACAAUAUGUCUUUUUUAAAUUUCUUAUCAUCUUUAUACUUAUAUAAGCUAAAUUUUGCACAGUAAACGUAAAGCAGAAUUAAAAACUAAAUUAUUUUCCAAUAAAUGAAAUUAAUUUCAAUAAUUUCGUAAUUAUUGAUAUAUUAAUUUAAAUAUUGUUUCAUUAUACCUAUAUCCGUGCACGUAUAAAAAAUUAAUGAUAUAAUAUUUUUUAUCUUUAUGAUAAUAUUUAUUCUUUAAUGUUUUAUCUUUAUGAUAAUAUUUAUUCUUUAAUCUUUUAUCUUUACGAUAAUAUUUUUUAUGUAUUAUUAUUAUUAUUUUUGUAAUCGUGACGAUCGGGUUGAUACUCGUUCUGUCAUUUGUCUAGGUGUUCUUACUGGUGUUUUGUCAGAUAUUUUUACUGUUUUACUGGAUUUAUUUCUCUUUGGUAAUGGAGACUGUGUAGUUGGAGUUGAGUUCAUAACUUUUCGAUAGCUUCUUAAUCUCGUACUACCUAAUGACGGAAAUAUUAAGAAAUAAUAGUAUUUGAUACUAUAGUUACACUGUUUAAAACAUUUUAUUGAUUAGAAAACACUUACUUCUAUUCGAUGUAACUUUUUGUUCACGGUCGUCAUUAUCUGAUUCUGAACUGGAAUCGGAGUUAUCUUUGGAGACACGAAUUUUCUUCCUAGUAUGGCUUGCUGCAAUGUACAUAAAAUAUUUGAAUAUAUUACAUUUAAAUUUUUUAA